AUGGACCUGGUGGAUGGCGUCGUCCUGAACAAAAUCAUGCUGCAGAUAGACCCUCGACCAACCAACCAACGUGUCAACAAGCACGUAAAUAAUGACACCUAUCUUCGGGUUCAAAACCUGACCAUCUUAGUCAGAAACAUUAAGACUUACUAUCAGGAGGUCCUCCAGCAGCUGAUUGUAAUGAAUUUACCAAAUGUUUUGAUGAUUGGUAAAGAUCCUCUUUCUGGUAAAAGUAUGGAUGAAAUUAAGAAGCUGCUGUUGUUGGUUCUGGGAUGUGCUGUGCAGUGUGAAAGAAAAGAAGAGUUUAUUGAAAGAAUAAAACAACUGGAUAUUGAAACCCAAGCUGCCAUUGUGUCACACAUUCAGGAGGUGACUCACAACCAGGAGAAUGUCUUCGACUUGCAGUGGCUGGAGCUCCCAGAUAUGGCCCCAGAAGAACUAGAGUCUCUCUCCAGGAAUAUGGUUUUCCACCUCAAGAGACUCAUUGAUGAGAGAGAUGAAUGCACGGAAGUCAUUGUAGAUCUCACUCAAGAGAGAGAUUAUCUGCAGUCUCAGCAACCACCAAGUCCUCUGAAAGCACCAAGUCCAGAUUCUUCACCAAACCCAGCCAGCCCUCUUUCUAAUGAAGACAAGCAGCACCUUGCAGUUGAGCUGGCAGACACCAAGGCUAAAUUGAGAAGAAUCCGGCAGGAGCUGGAAGAGAAGUCUGAGCAGCUUGUAGAUUCUAAACAUGAAGUUGAGCAGCUCACCCUAGAGCUGCAAAAAAUAAAACAAGAGAAUAUCCACCUGGCCUCAGAUGCUCGCUCUGCCCGAGCAUACAGAGAUGAGCUCGACUCUCUGAGAGAGAGGGCAAACCGUGUGGAGAGACUUGAGAUGGAACUUGUUCGGUGCAAAGAGAAACUUCAUGAUGUGGAUUUUUACAAAGCUCGGAUGGAGGAGUUAAGAGAGGACAACAUCAUAUUAAUUGAAACAAAGGCCAUGCUAGAAGAACAGCUAACAAUGGCAAGAGCUCGUGGUGAUAAACUGCAUGAAUUAGAGAAGGAAAAUUUGCAGCUGAAAUCCAAACUUCAUGAUGUAGAGCUGGACCGGGACACGGACAAGAAGAGAAUUGAAGAGCUGCUGGAGGAGAACAUGGUCUUGGAGAUUGCACAGAAACAGAGCAUGAACGAGUCUGCACACCUAGGCUGGGAACUAGAACAACUGUCUAAAAGCACAGAUCUUGCAGAUACCAGAAAGUCCUUUGUGUUUGAGUUGAAUGAAUGUGCUUCGAGUCGCAUACUGAAGCUAGAGAAGGAUAAUCAGAGCUUGCAGAACACAAUCCAAGAGCUGAGAGAUGCCUCCUUGACCUCCAGAGAGAGCAGCCUAAAGUUUGUGGAACUGGAAAAUGAAAAUCAGCAGCUUAGCAAAAAGAUUGAGAAGUUGCAAAAUCAAAUCGAAAAAGAGAAGCAAAGUAAUCAAGAUCUGGAGACCUUGAGCGAGGAGCUGAUAAAAGAUAAGGAACAGCUGCAAGUUGUCAUGGAGACUCUAAAAGCUGACAAAGACAGACAGAUAAAGGACCUUAAACAAGAAAAUGAUCACCUUAAUCAAGUGGUCUUAUCCCUGAGACAAAGAUCUCAAGUGAGCAGCGAGGCACGAGUAAAAGAUAUUGAAAAAGAGAACAAGAUUCUCCAUGAAACGGUUACAGAGACUAGUAGCAAACUGAGCAAGCUGGAAUUUGAGAAGAAACAAUUGCAAAAGGAUUUUUGGGAAGAAAUGGAAAAAGAGCUCCAUCGGCUGGAAGAAAUGGAAAAAGAGCUCCAUCGGCUGGAGAGGGAGAAUGAACAGCUCACAAAGAAGGCAGCAGCGAUGAAAAUAGUGACAGAAAAAGUUGAAGUUCUCGAGCAGGAGAAUGGGGAUCUGGAAGUAGAAAAUAGGAAGCUAAGAAAAUCCCUGGACACAUUGCAGAAUAUUUCCAUCCGGCUAGGGGACCUGGAAAGGGACAACAAGCAACUGGAUGAAGAAAAUCUGGAGCUUAGGAGAGUGGUGGAGACCAUGAGAUUUACCACCACAAAAAUGGCACAAAUAGAAGCAGAAAAUAAAGAUUUGGAGAGGGAGAAAGAGGACUUAAGGAAGAAUGUGGAAAUGUUAAAAGCAAUGAGCAAGAAAUCGGAGAGGCUGGAGUUAAGCUAUCAGAGCAUCAACUCUGAAAACCAGAGACUUCAGCAAAUCUUGGAGAACAGCAGCAAAAAGAUCCAGGAGCUAGAAAAAGAAGUACACGGAAUGGAGAGUGAAAAUCAAGUUCUCCAGAGAAACCUUGAGGAGCUAAAGAUUUCUGCCAAACAGCUAGAGAGGUUAGAAAAGGAGAACAAAGCCCUAGAACAAGAAAUGUCUCAGCUUGAGAAAGACAAAAAAAUGCUAGAGAAAGAAACAAAACGGCUUUGGCAGCAAGUGGAGCUGAAAGAUGCUAUUUUGGAUGAUAGUACAGUAAAGUUGGCAGUUGCUGAGAAAGAAAACAAGACACUAGAAAAGGAAGUUGCUCGAUUCAGAGAUUCAUCUAAUAAGCUGAAAGAAUUUGAAAAGGACAAUAAAGAUCUCAUAAAGCAAGUUACAAUUGAUAAAAGAACACUAGCUACAUUGAGAGAGGAUUUGGUCCUGGAGAAGCUGAAGAGUCAACAGUUGUCUAAUGAGCUGGACAAACUGAGCCAGGAACUGGAGAAGAUAGGAUUGAACAAAGAGCUGCUGCUACAGGAUCACAAUGGCAAUGAUGACUCAAAAUACAAGAUUCUGGAGAGCAAAACUGAAUCGGCACUAAAAACAACACUAGCUGUGAAAGAGGAAAAGAUCGCAGUGCUGGAAGCUCAAGUGAAAGACUUUCUGAACUUGAACCAGCAGUUACAGAAUGAUCUAAAUAUGGUAAAGAAGGAUUUUGAUGCACUUAAGCAGACUCAACAGGAUGGGCAGUAUGCUCAGAAGUCACUGAGGUAUUCCGCAGAGAAACUCAUUCCCAACCACCAAAUGAAUGAGAAACUGGAAACAGGACACCAAGAAGCUACCAUGGAGCUGCUGAAACUGAAGGACAGGGCAAUUGAACUGGAAAGGAAUAAUGCAGUCCUGCAGACUGAGAAGCAGCUGCUUAAAGAACAGCUGAAGCAUUUGGAAACACAGAAUGUCUCCUUCAAUAAUCAGAUCCUGACACUACAGAAGCAAAAUGUCUUCCUUCAGGAGCACAACACUGCCCUGCAGACACAGACGGCCAAACUCCAGGUAGAAAAUUCAACCCUGAGCUCCCAGAGUGCUUCACUGAUGACCCAGAAUGCUUUACUCCAAAAUCAGCAGACAGCCAAGGAGAAUGAGAAUGAAAAUCUACUGAAACAGAAGGAGCAGCUGAAAGCUGAGUAUGAGUCAUUGCUUCAGGACCAUGAACACCUUGCUUCACUGCAUGAACGGCAGUCCGCAGAAUAUGAAGUGCUAAUAAACCAGCACAGCUGCCUAAAAACGUUACACAAAAACCUGGAUCUGGAGCACAAAGGUCUGGGUGAGAGAUACAAGAGUUUAAUGAAAUACAAGGCAGAAUUGGAAGAGUUGGAAAUAGUUUUAAAAACUGAGAGAGAGGUUCUCCAACAAGAGAGGAGAUCAAAUGCAAUAACCACUGGGGAAAAUGAGAAGCUGAGGGAGGAACUGGACAGGGUGAAUUUCUUGCACAACCAACUAAAGGCAGAGUAUGAAGGGCUGCAUUCACACACUAAAGAGCUGAAAACUUCCUUGAACAACUCUCAGCUGGAGCUGAAUCGUUGGCAGGCUCGCUACGAUGAGCUUAAAGAACAGCACCAGUCCAUGGAUCUCUCUCUGACCAAGCUGGAUAACCACUGUGAGCUGCUGUCCCGUCUAAAGGGAAAUCUGGAAGAAGAAAACCAUCAUCUCCUGAGUCAGAUUCAGAUGCUGAGCCAGCAGAAUCAGAUGUUACUGGAGCAGAAUAUGGAGAACAAGGAGCAGUAUCAUGAAGAACAGAAACAGUACAUUGAUAAAUUGAACGCCUUAAGGAGACACAAGGAAAAACUUGAAGAGAAGAUAAUGGAUCAGUACAAGUUUUAUGAUCCUACUCCAAAAAAGAAAAACCACUGGAUUGGAGCCAGAGCCUUAGUCAAACUAAUCAAGCCAAAGAAGGAGACUACAAGGGAGCGGUUGAAACCAGCAGCAGAAAGCCCCUCAUGGCAUUCUGAAUCCCCAGAGACGGUAAACUCUCCAUCUGCCUUCCAAAAACUGAAACAUCAACAAGAGACUCAGGAUAAUAACUCUCAAGGGUCAAACUCCAUGGAAGAGAGAGAGAACCCUGGGGGUUCUUCAAACAAAGUGUUAAUGGACCUAAAGCAAAAGAGGAAUUCCCAUCACGGAGGCAGCAAUGAUAAUGUUGAAAUCUCAGCAGACUCUGCGACAAAACACUGCUGUGUGGAGCUGGGUCCCAGGACUUACUCGACCUCAGCUAUUCAUCUGCACACUUCCACCCCCAUCUCCAGGCUCCAGAGCAGACCAACAGACUAUAAUUCAGAAGAUAAUCUAUGUGAACAGUCCCCUGAGCUGGAGUUUGCAAGCACCAGACAGCACGGUUCCUUAGAUCAUAUCCAUGGUAGAACCGAGAGCCUCAGCAGUGAAGAUAUGGUGCCCAGCAGAGAGGCACCAGCCUUGCUCCGAGACACCUAUCCCUUUCACUCCCCUUCUGCAGUCUUAAGCCCUAGCAGCAGGCAUGAGUCCUCCUCCCACAGGAAUGGUUUGAUCUCUUAUGAUAUACCUCAGAAGAGUACUCCAUCCCAGUCUUACGCAGGCAGGCAACACUCUGCCUCACCUGGCAGUGAGAUGGUAACUUUGGAAGAGUUCUUGGAAGAGAGCAACAGGCUGUCCCCACCAAGUCGUCGGCGCAGUUUAAAUGAGAGUGAAAUGAUUUCAUUGCACCAAUUUCUGUUAGAAGCUGAUGCACUGUAUCCCUCUUGCUACUCCCUAUGUCCUUCCCUCCAUCAGGAACCUUCGCAGUCACUCGAAUCAGUCCUCAGUCGUUCAUGUCCCAACAGCGUGAGGCACAGAACAGGCAGGGGAAAUAGGAGAUCUACUUCACUGUAUAUCCCCAGGGACACCUCCAAUAACAGAGAUGACUUGCUCACUGAUUAUUUUGGGAAAGCAAAUGAGCCUUCAACUGCUGGGAACCUGCUGGUUCAGCCAUCCAGAAAGGAGGCUGCUAAGAUGCCCACUAGUCUUGUUGCUCCAACUGUAAAGAUGACCAUCGCCAAUGAAGAAGGAAGAACAGCUAAGCCUGGAGAUUACAUGAAGCCAAACCUCAGACAAGUCGAACCUGAGCCUCUGGCAAAUUCCCAGGGGUCCCUUAAGCUUUCUCACACGCCACAGCACCAGCCCGCCAGUGGGAUGCGGCAGAUGGCACAGCCUCAGCAGCCUGGAACCGCGAGCAGGAGGACUACAUCACUGAGCAGGGCAUUUAGCUUAGCCUCUGCAGACCUCCUCAGAGCCACCGGCCCGGAGACAUACAGGCAGGAGAGCCAUCAAAAGUCAGCAGCAGACCUGCGUGGGGGCAAGGAUGCUGUCAGUCAGACCGCUAGGGCUUCUGCGCCAAUGAGCUCCCAGGCAGCCUUAAGAGAGAGGCCACAGUCUGCAAAGGUGGCAGGUUCCUUGCAAGGUGUUGAUUCCCGCUGUCGGCAGCUUGAUGCGAGGCGCCUUUCCCUGGCCUCACCAAAAGAUGAGAGGCCACUCUCCUUCCAUCAGUUGUCUGCCUCACCCACUGCAUCCACCAGCAAUCUGAAUGUGCAGCAACAGGAGCGUGUGAACCCUGGGCAACACUACUCACCCGCAUCGCACACUCCCUCUAAAGUCAAACCCAAGCCAGCCCCUCGUACUGGGGAGGUGGCCACAGUGGCCCCUGCCAGAGCUGUUUCCAGCAGCACCGAGGGAAGUAUUUCCCUAGGGCAAGGCCAGGGUGAUGCCCUACUUAAAAAGUGCCAGGGUAAGCUGCCAGAAGGCAGCGCUGGGGCUAUGGAGGAGCCCGUGAGAGGAAGCAGCUCCAACAGCACUCCCGGGUCUCCGGAUCCCCAGGGGGAUCAGCAGACGGUUUGGUAUGAGUAUGGGUGUGUGUAA